AUGUCCUUAAGCAAGGCAGGUGGCACCUCAGUUGACGACCUGCCUUACCUGAAGAAUGAGGGCGAGUCGGAACAAGGUUCUUUUGGUGCCAGUGCACAUCCAAAAGAGGAUGGCCACAUCCAUCACACCUUGUUUGGUGAAGUCUACCUACUUCCUCCGCCUUCUCCGCCUCUUUCCCUGCUUCUCGCCCACGGCCUCUUCCUGCUACUUCGACUGCUCUCCAACUGCCCUCGGUACCUGGCACUUUCUUCUUCUCCUUCUUCUUUUUCUUUCCGAGGACUUGACACCAACAGUCACAAACCCCUUCCUGAACUUGACGAGAAAGGAAAGGACGGGACUGGGCUGGCUGGAUUGAGGUGCUCUGAGCGUGAUGGGCUGGGUUUGACUGGGUUGGAGAAGCGCGUGUGGCAGGAGACAAGGAAAGCGCGUUUGCACCAAUCCAACCAAAUCACUCAGCUCUGUCUCCUGGCUCUUGUUGGAGGCCAUGACAUUCUCGACGUGGGCUGGGACUCUGAGAGCCAUCACGACUUCCCUUUGCCCACUACCUUCACACUGGCCGAUAGUCACAGAGCGCACACCUGGAAAGUGGAACUCGAUCUGAGAUGGUAUCAACUGGUCAAUUGGACUUUCGAGUCCGGUUCUCUCGUUGCGGACAUUUGGAAACCUUAUUCAGUCACCCGCUGCUCCUCCCACAUCCCACAUCCGCCAAUGACGGAUGCUUUCCUGUCCAUGAUUCGAUACCUACAUUCCCUUCCCAAGAACCAAAAGCAAAGAAGGCCCAAACCCCUUUUUGAUACUCACCCCAAGCUUUCAAGCUCAUACCUUGAGAGGACGGGCGCGGACCACGAGGGCAGUUGCUUAUCACCAUGUCUAGACUCAACACUCAAGUGUCAAGACUACCUAUGUAAAGCCAUCGACCAAGAAUCGUCAAAAGUGGAGGGCGGGGACAAACAAGUUCCCCUCGCCGCUCGGGCCAGGUAUCACAACGAUGCCCCGACAAGUCACUCUUUAGCCAAGGCCCCUACUCCUGCUCCAACUCACCUCGUUCUCACUUUACCGAGCGACGGAUUCUCCUCAUCCUCACUGUCCAUCUCCAAUAAAGACAGCCUGUAUUAUCAAACAAAGUUCAAACUUGUCCUACUCAGCUCGUCUUCCGCUGCGCCAGACCUUGCCAAAAUUGGAAGCGCGAGCGACGAAGUUGACCAGCCAGUCUCACGUAACCACUCGGUAGUUACGGAGUGCGGACACUCGACUCCUGACGAACUAGAGGUCCAUGUUCGCAACCUCUGGAUCAAAGCACAGAACAAACACGAGCGCACAAACAUCCUCUUCUACAGUAUCCGUACAACAGCGCCUAUCUCACUAUCAACUUCACCAUGCCUCGUAAAUCCGCGCGCUAAGAGAAGACACUUGAGCAAACUUGGAACAGUCAUCCGGGCCAACGGGGUCAAAAGCCCUCACAGUGCAUGCCCACCUGAAUGUGCCGCCCAAGCAAAGAGAACCAGACUGAAAAAGAUAUGUAUCAACCCCAGUCCUCAUGGCGUCCAUGUGGCGGUUCCUGACCCGGUCAUUGGUCGAAAGGCAGGAAUUUGCAAUGGGAAUAGCUCUGUGGACACCUGCAUUCUCGAGAUUCUGAGCUUGCGCAACGCAGCCCGGUAG